ACGUCCUUAGGCGAACGGCUCCUCAAAAAUGUAAACAAACAAGAAGAAAGCUCGAGAAGGGAACAUUUGAGGAGAGAGAGAGAAAAAAAUCCCCGAGAAUGACGGAAGCAGCCACGAGCCCAGUCACAGUUACCGUCCGCCUGAUCCGCUCCUUCCAACACCGCAACAUCCGAAACCUAGUCAUACACGAUGUCGACGUUACAACCACUGUCUCAGACUUCAUGGAGCUCGUGCGGGGCAGGCUGAAGACAGCACCUGCCUUGCCCCCACCCUUCCGGAACUUUGCAUAUGACACCUUUAAGAUCGAAACCCAGGCCUUCGGCUUCAAGACUAAUGACCCUGUUAUCAAUCGAGAGGAUGACGAGACCCUCAUCCUCCAGCCGGGCAAAAGCUUAGGGGAAUCUGGGGUAAAGAAUGAGACAGAGAUCAGCUUCUUCAAACUCGACGAUUACCUGCAGUACAAACAGAACCCGGUCCAUGCUUUAUCAUGACGAUUUUUUCUGUAUGAUAAAAGGAGGGAAGGAUUUUAUUUAGGGUUAUGACUGCCCCAAUACAUGUUUUGAAAUAGAAAUUUUUGGUUGAUAAGGUUUUGAUCAGCCUAUUUUAUUUCAGUAUGUCAUAUUAUGAACCGAGGGUAAUUUUGAGUAUUUCUUUAUUUCUAUUGGCAUUCGGAUCAUUUGUAAUUGAUAGCUACUAUUGGUUGUAUUGCUGUUAUAGUAUAAUUUAUUAUUAUCAUCAUUAUUAAUAUAAUAAACUUUUAUCAUUACAAUUAUUGUUACCAUUACUUAUAUAUUGAUUUAAUCAUUACUGUUAUUUUGGUAAUUAUCACUGGGAUCACAGGCAUUAUCACCAUAUCACUGUCACUGAUUUUUCAUCAAGACCAGAAGCACUAUUAUUAUCACACAGUUAACAUUUGCUGUCAUAUGCUGAAACAAUCACUUGACAUCAGGAGUAUGGUUGGACCAAAAUGCUUGACUUCUUGUCAAAAGAAUUUUUUAAGUGAAAUAAAAUUUUUCAAUAGAAA